CUUUUUUGAGUGAACAUCAUGCUUUUGGCUCAGUAAUCCAACGCUCCUUUGGGGGGUCACGCUGACUGCAUAGACGCAGGAAAACAGUAUAAAACUCUCACUCAGCGAGCUCGCAGUGGCUCGCUUUUGACUAGCAAAGCUGGCUCUCAGAUUGUCCUCGGCGCUCUCCGCAGCGAGAUUCAUACGACCACCUAGUGCUGGACCCUUGGCUAGACUCCACCAGAUAUCCAGGUCUCUCGCUUCCACCAGCACCAUCAAGAAUGGCGCCAUUGGAUCGUCCGACAGUCGACCGUUACGACUAUAUCUGUAUAGGUGGAGGUAGUGGAGGCGUGGCUUCGUCGCGUCGGGCAGCGUCCUAUGGAAAGAAAGUCGCACUCGUCGAAGUCUCUCCCUACCUCGGCGGUACCUGCGUGAAUGUUGGAUGUGUUCCUAAGAAGAUAGACUUCGCCAUGCCGCCGAUGGAUAUCACUUUCCGCGGCGUCCCCGAGCCCAACUUCGACUGGCCAACCUUCAAACUCCAGAGGGAUGCAUACAUUCGGAAAUUGAAUAACAUCUACGAAAAAAACCUCGACAGAGAACACGUCGAGUAUCACCCGGGGUAUGCGCGCUUCGUUGCCAAGGACGCAAUCGAGGUGAUAAGGCCCAAUGGUGAAAAAUAUAUUCCGGGAGCGUCGCUUGGUAUCGACUCGGAUGGGUUUUUUGAGCUCGAGGAUCAACCAAAACGUGUCGCAAUUGUUGGUGCUGGGUAUAUCGCCGUUGAACUGGCUGGUGUUUUGAAUGCGCUCGGUUCUGAAACGCAUCUUAUCAUCCGAAAAGACAAUGUUCACAAGCAUUCUAACGUAACAAGAGUGGAAGGUGAAAAGGGCAAGACAUUGACUGUUGAUUGUCUGCUUUGGGCCAUUGGUCGGCGGUCUAACACGGAAAACCUCGGGUUGGAGGAUAUAGGGGUUAAAACGGACAAAAAAGGUGACAUCGUCGUCGAUGAUUACCAGAAUACCACCACGAAGGGCAUAUACGCUAUUGGUGACGUGCAGGGGAAGGCGUUACUCACCCCUGUAGCCAUUGCAGCAGGAAGACGCCUUUCAAACAGACUAUUCGGUCCCGAGAAGUUCAAAGACGACAAGCUAUCGUACAGGAACAUCCCCACGGUUAUAUUCUCGCAUCCACCGAUUGGUACUGUCGGUCUGACAGAACCAGAGGCUCGACAAUUGUAUGGCGAUGACGUGAAAAUCUACAAAUCUUCGUUCCGUUCGCUGUACUUCUCACAGAUUGACGAGGAACACAAAGAGCCGACCGUUUACAAACUGGUCGCCGUCGGUGAAGAGGAGCGUAUUGUUGGUGUGCACAUGAUUGGGCAGGGCAGCGACGAAGCCUUACAAGGUUUUGCGGUCGCAGUCAAAAUGGGAGCACGCAAAAAGGACUUCGAUGACACCGUUGCCAUCCACCCAACUUCUGCUGAAGGUGAGUCAAGCAUGCUUUCCGUUAUCGCUGCUGAUGUUUUGGGCCUGUACGUAGAGCUGGUCACGAUGCGUUAAACAAAUCUGGUCAUCUUCAACAAUUAGUUGUGUAGGGAAAUAUUGUAUGGCGUUUCUUGUGUAUGUAUUAGUGUUGUCCCCUAUAAGGCCAAGAUCGGGGGUUGCCAGGGGCACUCCAAUCCCCCUGAAUAUGUUUUCACGUGCUUGCUUUCCGAC